CAUUUCCCCUUCACUCCGGGUCUCCAUUAACAUAACAAAAACGUCUCCUAUUAUCAAGUUUUAUUUCACAGGUAACCUAAGUCCCAAAUCCUUCACUUCAUGGACUCUCUUUUAUUCCGCUAUCGACUUUGUUUCCUCCUUUCUCCCCUUCCCUCACGUUACACCAGUUCCAACCGUCAACCCUGUCCAUAAAAUAAAAACACUUCUUCAAUUUUGUCAUUCAAACAUACUAACAUUUUUACAUUAUAUUCUCCCUAAUUCUAUGUGCAAAUCCAAAAAGGCAACCAGCGCCAUCGAUCCCACCGCAACUCGCCCCACUCACCUCCCUCAAACUUGCGGAACUCAGUCCCCUCGUGCUCCACCCAACUUCUCCUAUGCCUCUACUUCUUCAACCAGCUCUUCUUCGUUUCAACACAAAGCUUCUUCUUCUGGUUUAUCCUUUUCAAGUCGUACUUCUUUAUCCAGUCUCCGGGAAUCCAUCUCUGAAAGCACUCACAUCUACAGCUUUUCCGAAAUUCGGGCCGCCACUAAUAAUUUCCUGUUGAAGAAACACUCUUCGUCUUCCUCCAACGGUUGGCGCUGCAACUUGCGAGGUCGUGACGUCAUCAUUUUCCAACGCAAGUUUCGCCUGAAACUGCAGAUUCAACAUUUGAAAGAGAGAUUAUCCGUGAUUUGUCGGAGCCAUCACAAUAGCAUCAUAAAGCUACGUGGCGCUGCUAUAUCUGAUGAUUAUAUUUCUCUUGUUUAUGAAUUCAUCAAUGGCCUAAAUUUGUCUGAUUGUUUGAGAAAUUCAAAGAAUCCCGAUUUUACUGUACUUUCCACGUGGAUGUCGAGAAUGCAGAUCGCCACAGAUCUAGCACACGGCCUUGAUUACAUUCAUAAUAACACCGGUUUGAACUUGACGCUUGUUCAUAAUCAUAUUAAGAGUAGUAGCAUUAUAGUGAUGGAGCCAUCGUUUAACGCUAAGAUUUGUCAUUUCGGCACGGCUCAGUUGUGCGGAGAAUCGGAGGAAGAAUAUGUGAGAAGAGAUAAAGUGACCGAAAUACAGGAAAUAAUAGAGGAAGAACCUGUUGCAUUUUUAACGAGAUCGAGAAGCAGUAAGAUGCAAUUCGAAGGAGUGAGAGGUUACAUUUCGCCUGAAUUUCGGGUGACCGGAAUUCCGACACAGAAGUCGGACGUUUACAGUUUAGGCGUGGUGAUAUUAGAGCUUUUAUCAGGUGAAGAGCCUUUUAAAUACAAGUUUGAUAACACGCGUGGCGAAUUGGUGAGGACUUCGGUGACAGAGACCGCUAGAUUGACCAUGGACGGAGGUGAUGAUGGCUGUGGAAGGGAGGGGAACAUAAGGAAGUGGAUUGACAGGAGACUGAAGGACUCUUUUCCGAUAGAUGUGGCAGAGAAGUUGAUACGUGUCGCAUUGGAGUGCGUUGAUGAUGAUCCCGCUAAACGGCCAGAUAUGGGACGCGUGUCGCGGAAGAUUUCGAAGUUGUAUUUAGAGUCUCGGGUUUGGGCGGAUCACUUUAAAACCGAUAUAUCCUGUUCUCUGGGCCCCCGAUAGAUUGAUUGGAGUUAUGAGGUGGCGUUGAGGGCGACUUAAGAUUUAUUUUUAUAGUGGGUGGAUUUGAUAUGAUUAUGGUGUAAGUAUGUUUCUUUAUAAGAUAUUGGAAUUUUUAACUUUA